UGUGUGAAGCGCGCACGCGUGCCAAACUGCGUGGGAAUGGCUGUUGGUGCUUGGGAUGGAUGGAGUGGGUUGGGCCGAGCGGAGCCAGCCGAGCGCUACAUGAGUUUCUAAUGUCCGCCAUGUUGGCCAUGGCGCAUUGAACCGGGGAGGGAGAGCGGAGCGCCACGGGAAACCACACCGACACAGAACCACCGAGACGCGGGCCCGCCCGGCUCUCCUCGCGCUGCUACGCACCCGAGGCCGGCCCCGAUCGAGCCGCUCGCUCCAGGAGACCCUCCCGGAUCCAUCCAUGACAACUACAGGCACAAUUCCUCGCAGAUAGACUCGAUUUAUGCUGCAUCUUGUCAUUUUAAUAUUAAAACAAUGAGUAAAUUGUCGUUUCGGGCGCGGGCGCUGGAUGCUAGUAAGCCUCUGCCCGUCUUCCGCUGCGAGGAUUUACCGGACCUGCACGAAUAUGCUUCGAUAAACCGGGCAGUGCCGCAGAUGCCAACCGGGAUGGAAAAGGAGGAAGAAUCGGAGCAUCAUCUCCAGCGGGCCAUCUCGGCGCAGCAGGUCUACGGCGAGAAGCGGGACAACAUGGUCAUCCCCGUGCCCGAGGCCGAACGCAACAUCACGCACUAUGAGUCCCUGUACCCCGGGGAGUUCAAAAUGCCAAAGCAGCUUAUUCACAUACAGCCUUUCGGUCUGGAUACAGAGCAGCCAGACUACGACCUCGAUUCAGGGGACGAGACUUUUGUGAAUAAGCUAAAGAAGAAAAUGGAAAUCACCGCAAUGCAGUUUGAAGAAAUGAUUGACCGCCUGGAGAAAGGCAGCGGACAACAGUUUGUCAGUCUCCAGGAGGCCAAGCUGCUGCUGAAGGAGGAUGACGAGCUGAUCAAGGAAGUGUUUGACUACUGGAGCCGCAAGAGGAAGGUGUGCAAAUUUGGCACCUUCGUCUCCAACGUCAAGCAGGAGAAGCGGGACGGCUCCAGCACCAGCGACCCCUACGUGGCCUUUCGCAGACGGACGGAGAAGAUGCAGACCAGGAAGAACCGUAAGAAUGACGAGGCGUCAUACGAGAAGAUGCUGAAGCUUCGCAGGGACCUCAGCCGCACAGUCACCAUCCUGGAGAUGAUCAAGAGGAGGGAGAAGAGCAAGAGGGAAAUGCUCCACCUCACGCUGGAGAUUGUGGAGAAGAGAAACACCUUGCCCGACUUUGGCACCGAGGUUAUGGCAGAGGCGCUUGCCCAGCAGGCUCUGGUGAAGCCCGUCUACACCAUCCCCAUCAUUCCCAGUGCCAACCAAUAUCGACACCAGGACCACUUGGACAUGAAGGACUACAAGAAGCAGGAGAAGACGGAGAUAGUGCGAACCAAAAGAAAAUAUGAAAAGAAGCCCAAGAUCCCCCCUCUGUCUGCGCCCCAUCACACGGGACCCUCGGUGUUUAAUCUCAAAGACCUCAACCAGUAUGACUUUCCCAGUUCUGACGAUGAACCCUUCUCACAGAUUCAUUCAGGUUCUUCAGAGGCAGAAGAAGAGAACGACCCAGAUGGCUGCUACGCAUUCAGGAGGAAGGCUGGCUGUCAUUACUACGCUUCAAGUCCCGGCCAGAGUGACAGCUGGCCGUGGGUGAGCCCGCUGGAGGGCGGCCUCGGUCACCCGCGCUUCCGCUACUGUCUGACCUCCCUGAACACGCCGCGGCGCUGCGUCGGCCUGGCUCGACGCCGCGUGGGCCGAGGAGGCAGGUUCUUGUUGGAUCGAGCGCACGCCGACCUCGACGCCGUCUGUCAGUACCUGGACUCUGACCCGCAGCCCAAAUCCUUCUCCACGCCACUUCCAAGCUCUCCGCUCCGCAACUCCAGUACCUCAGAAACCGAUACCUCGGACCCUAGCGGCUCUUCCCGCCCUCUCGACUCCGCCGCCUCGUCGUCCGGCAUGACCGUGGACCUCAGCCGGAUUCUUUUGAACAUUAAAUCGUGCCGCUGGAGGCAUUUCCGACCACGGACGCUAUCCCAGCACAUGUCGGGUGCAGGAGACUUGUCUCUUAAAGGAUUUGGGGAUUUUAGUCGGGUCGUGUCGGGACUAACUCGGAGCCUGUCUGGAGGAUCCUUCUCACAGAACCGCACCGGUCCAGCUGCUCCUGUCAAAAUGUUCACGGUGGAGCAGUACCAGCAGCACCGAGAGCAGCUGGCCGUCAUGCUGGAGCAGAGCCAACAUCAGCAGCAGCAACAACAGCAAGAAGACAAACAACAACAGCAGCAGCAGCGGCAAAAGGAGCAGCACCGUCAACAAAUCCAACACGCCAACAACUCCCUAAGCGUAACCAGCCCGCUUAUCAGUCAGGUUCUGGUGUCCAAGACCUUAGACCAGGCCAGCGCCCAGUUUGCAGCCUCGGCCCUCGUCACCGCCGACCAGCUGCUGGCCUUCAAGUCCAAAGAGGAGCUGGUGGUGGCCAGCGGGGUUAACGGCGUACUGGGAGCAGGCGUGUUGAAAGGUUUGCAUCUGUCCAGCACGGCCGCAGCGCUUCACCCCGGCCACCAGCCGCCCACGCCGGCCGCCCACGCUUUCUCGCAGCCCUCGCCACAUCCGGCCGCCCCUCCGGCCGCCACCAAGGCCGUCCCCGUCUCCCUGGCGGCCGCCCCCGGCAACCACGCGCCGCUGGGCCUGCUGGGGUGCGGCCCGGCCGGCGCCGCCCCUCCCGCCGCUCAGGUGCUCAUCGGGAGCAACAUCUGUCUGAGCGUCCCAUCAGCCGCCAAUCUGGCAGGGCGCCACCUGCCCCGUGCCCUGGCCGGUGUGCCGCCCUCUGCCUUAAAACUGUCCACCGCCAACAACCUGCAGAAGCCCAAAGUCUCUGCCACGCCGUCCAUAGACAUCAACUCCAGGGAGAAGCGCGAGGAGGACAAAUCGUCACUGAACAGCAUAGCAGACAACACAGUGGCCAUGGAAGUGACGUAGUGGCGGGGAAGGGGGGCUGGAUCUUUGGAGUUUUCCGGUGCUGUGCACCGGAGCGUCUUGGGUGUGGAGGGGAUGCCAAAA